GACACUCGAUCGAUUGGUUCAGGGCCGCCCUCUUCCCAGAAUACGAAGGAACGGGUAAAGCACUGCCGAUUAAGAGUGGCCCCUUCGGCUCUAGCCAAGACCAGAGAACGAGGACGAUAACAGAGAAACGUACUUUGAUUCUUCGUCCGUCUAUGAUUAUAAUCUUUUCUUUUUGGGCUUGUCCUGAUCAUGUGGAGAUUCAGUGUAGAUUUGCUGUAGAGGCUGUUGUGUGUAGAUAUGAAGAAAACCAAUAGGAUAGACCUUUUUGUGAACUAUUCAUGAAGACUUGAUACUAGAUAAGGACUAGAUACUCCGACUACUUGCUUGGGGCUCCUCACUCUGCUUCUUCAGUUUUUACGAUUUAAGGUGUCGACUCCACUAUUCUGCCUUUUCAAACCUCUACAUUGAUCAAACCUGCAUGAUGCCCUCCAUCUACAUCUACAUCAACAUCUACGUAUAUAUUAGAGAUCACUUACCUAUUUUAUUCAUCAUUGAGUGAUCAUCUUAUACCUUCACAAAAAUAGAAGGUGUCGACUUGAUGCCGGACUUUGAAUGGGACCCUGCGUUUUGGGCCAUGGAGCAACUCCAGCGUCAUACAGAAGAAAUCGAAAAACGAAUAGCAGAGGCGUCCGAUCUAUCGUUCUGCUUCCCGCUGCCCCCGCCUAUUGUGGUACUACAACUCCUACUUAUAAUAUACCUUGUUGUGGUACAGGUACUACAACUCCUGCUUUUUAUACAUAGAUUGAUGUUGAUGUACACGUAGUUCUUCACAAUUUUUGUGUUCCUCUUCUCCUUUCCUCUUAUAGCCUGUUGUACACGUAGUUCUUCACAAUUUUUGUGUUCCUCUUCUCCUUUCCUUGUCAUCCUCGUUAAUGAAUUACUUAAUCAAUGUGUCAUGUUAGGAGUUGACGUGCGACUACUACUAGAUGAUAGUCCGUUCCUUACUACAAUAUUUUACGCGAGGUCUAUCAAUCUUGUUAAUUCCUUUUAUCGGUUUGCAGGGCCCUGAAGAUGAGGAAGCGUACCUACAAAGCCGAGAAGCGCAAGGCCAUGGAGGGGCACGCAGGCUAUUAUUAAGGCAACCCUACUGCUCUCUGUAUUUUUGUUCCAAUCCUGUCUAUACUGAAGUUUAAGAGUAUUUGUUGAUUGAGACAUCAUCAACAACAACACCUUAUAAUUUGAGAGUCCUUAUAAUUUGUUGAUUGAGCAGUUGUAAUCCUAAUCCUAAACCUAAUCUGGAUUUUUCUUCUACUAAGCUUAGGCGUUAUCUCUCGUGGAACAGUGGGCCAUCCUCAAGCCUGUGCCGAAGCGUGCAAGUAUGCGGGUAAGCUAGAAGGGUGCAAGUUGGGUGAAAAUUGUCCAAAAUGCCACUACUGCGUUUGGUCGAAAAGGGGUUGUACCUCACGAAAACAAAGAGGACUACUACUUGCCACGACUACUAGUAGCACGACACCAGGACAGGAGGUUGAAGGUGAAGGGGAUCACGUCAACAUCAACAAGGUGCUGUGUGAGGAAGAUGAGAACGCGGCUGAUGGGCGGAACAACAACAAGUUCUCCUGUGAGGAUGAUGCUAGCAAGGAAGAAGGGCAAGAGGAACAAGAAAAAGAGUCGUCCGUUGCAGAAAGAACAGCUUCGAACAAUAGCGG